AUCUCACUCCACUAGUAUCUUCCCCUCAAAUACAAAGAUAAAUAAUCUUGUAUGCAUAUCUUCAGUAUGUCACGUGAUGUAUCGGAUGCACUUCUAACAAUCUUUUACCAAUAUAAAUCCCCACAAGCUUUGCAUUCGGCAUAGCACACACACAAUCACACUCUCUCUCCCUCUUUUUUCUUUCUUUCCACAAAGCCCUCAUCUCUCUCCAAUGGCUUCCUCUCUCCCUCUCUCUCUCCUCCAGAUUUCAUGCAUUUCCCUCCUAUUGGCUCUGCUAAUCUCGCCGGCCGUACAAGCAGCCACCUGCAACUCACAGACAUUCAAAAACAAGUUAUACUCCAACUGCUCCGACCUCCCCGUCCUCAGCUCCUACCUCCACUGGACGUACGACCGCUCCAACUCCUCCCUCUCCAUUGCCUUCGUCGCCGCCCCCGCCAAGACCGACGGCUGGGUCGCCUGGGCCAUCAACCCCACAGCCGAAAGAAUGGCCGGGUCCCAGGCCCUACUGGCCCACCUAACUGCUAACGGCACCCCGACCGUCACAACCUACAACAUCAGCUCCUACGCCUCCAUCAUUCCCGGAAAGCUCUCGUUCGACGUCUGGGACGUCAGCGCCGAGUUCUCCAGCGGCACCUUCAUGAUCUUCGCCACCGUCAAGGUCAAAAAAGACGCGGUGUCCGUCAACCACGUCUGGCAGGUGGGCCCCGGAGUCAACACCACCACCGGUUUCCCUGAAAAGCAUGACUUCUCCCCCGCCAAUCUCAGGUCCUAUGAGACCUUGCCCUUGGUAGCUAAUUCCACUACCAACACCACCACGGGCGGUGGCUCCACCACUAACACCACUGGCGGCGGUAGUGGGUCUUUGAGGACUGGGAUUGGAGGAAACAUGGGUUUGUUUUCCAUUUCGCUUUUGGUUCUUGGAGCUCUCAUUGCUUUCUAAAUUUGGUAAAUUUAGUUUUUUUCCCCCCCUCUUUCCGUGCUUAAUAUUAACUUGAUUGAAAUCAUUGGGGUUGAUUGUAUCGAUCGAAGAAGAGAUGGAGGUUUCAGGCUUUUCGCACUUAUUUAGGUGGAAGAAUAUUUGUUAUUAUAUUCCAUGAUAUUUAUGAAUCCCACUUUGAUUGAAUUAUCUGCUCCUUAUCUGUA